AUGAAACACGAACAUCUCCACACACCUGCGUACAUCCUCAUGGCCAAUCUGGCUGCCAGUGACGUUCUGACGGGUAUAGACUUCAAUAUUUUUGCCGGUUGUUCGGUUUUGUACUACUUCCACACCGAGACCAACCCGUCCGAAACCAUGUUGCGACUCCAGUUCACGCUCCUCUUGCUCUCCGGACUGUCCUCAGCCUACAGUUUGCUAGCCUUGACGACCGAGCGCCACUGGUUCAUCGUCCACGGGAUGACAUACGUCAACAAAGUCACCGACGACAAGUGUAAGGUCGUUGUCUUGAUCGUCUGGCUGUGGUCUGUGUUGUUGGCGAUGCUGCCAAACUUCGGGUGGCACUGCGCGAGCCGUGCGGAGGAGGGAUGCCUGCGGAGGAUUGCUCCUCAGCUACGUGACAGCGUUUCAAUGGCUGUGUUUGUCUUCAUCAUCUUGAACUCCGCCAUCAACCCUGUGAUCUACGGGUUCCGUCUACAGGAGGGCCGACGCGGUGUCGCACGGCUCUUUCGUAACAACCACUUGCACGCCGGAAACGUCGAACUCAAUCCGUAG